UACAGUAAGUCAUUUGCCAGUGCUGAAAGAAAGUUUUAGGGGGGGUCAAACCCUUUUUAAUUUUCAAGUUGUUGAAGGACAGCAUGCUGAAGCUCAAUCUUGGUUUUGGAUGUCUGAGUUUAUUGGCAAGAAUGAAAUCUUUCCUUUUUCUUCUGGUCAUUCUAUCAGGUGCUGCCUGGGCAUCUUCUGAUGAAACCCGUCUGGUAAAAACUCUUUUCACUGGUUACAAUAAGGUUGUCCGUCCUGUUAAUCAUUUCAAGGACCCAGUGGUUGUUACUGUGGGUCUUCAACUCAUCCAGCUCAUCAGUGUGGACGAGGUCAAUCAGAUUGUCAGCAGCAACGUGCGCCUGAAACAGCAAUGGAAAGAUGUGAACUUGCAGUGGAACCCAGAGGAUUAUGGUGGCAUCAAAAAGAUCAGAGUUCCCUCCACUGACAUUUGGCGCCCAGAUCUGGUUCUCUACAACAAUGCUGAUGGUGACUUUGCCAUUGUUCAUGAGACAAAAGUGUUGCUGGAACACACUGGGAUGAUCACAUGGAACCCCCCAGCAAUCUUCAAGAGCUACUGUGAAAUCAUUGUGUUGCAUUUCCCUUUUGACCUCCAGAAUUGCAGCAUGAAGUUGGGUACCUGGACUUAUGAUGGAAACUUGGUUGUUGUUAAUCCUGACAGUGACCGCCCUGAUUUGAGCAACUUUAUGGAAAGUGGAGAAUGGGUCAUGAAAGAUUUUCGUGGCUGGAAACAUUGGGUGUACUAUGCCUGCUGCCCAGACACCCCCUACCUGGAUAUCACCUAUCACUUCCUCAUGCUGAGACUUCCACUGUACUUCAUUGUCAACGUCAUCAUCCCAUGCAUGCUCUUCUCCUUCCUCACUGGCCUUGUCUUUUAUCUUCCAACAGACUCUGGUGAGAAGAUGACUCUCAGCAUCUCUGUCCUGCUGUCUUUGACUGUGUUCCUGCUGGUCAUUGUGGAGCUGAUUCCCUCUACCUCCAGUGCUGUACCACUCAUUGGGAAGUACAUGCUUUUCACCAUGGUGUUUGUCAUUGCAUCCAUCAUCAUCACUGUCAUUGUCAUCAACACCCACCACCGCUCUCCGAGUACUCAUACGAUGCCAGACUGGGUCCGUAAGGUUUUUAUUGAAACGAUUCCCAACAUCAUGUUCUUUUCUACAAUGAAACGCCCAGGGAAAGAGAAGGAGAAUAAACCUAUCUAUGGUGCUGAUUUUGACAUCUCAGAGAUCUCUGGCAACCAGAUCUCUUCUGUGCCCUACCAGUCACCCAUCACCAAGAAUCCUGAUGUCCGCAGUGCCAUUGAAGGAGUCAAAUACAUUGCUGAAACCAUGAAAUCAGACGAGGAAUCAAACAAUGCAGCUGAGGAGUGGAAGUUUGUGGCCAUGGUGCUGGAUCAUAUUCUGCUUUGUGUAUUCAUGGCUGUAUGUCUCAUAGGCACAUUAGGUGUGUUUGCAGGCCGCCUCAUUGAGCUGAGCUUGCUUUAAAUGAGUGUUUUAUGGUUUAUUGGUUUAACUGCUCUGAUUUUUGUCGGGACAUAUAUGUGUUUAUCUUUGAAGUCACUGUAAGGCUCUGCAGUAUUUACACUCUGUGGCUGUUAAUCUGUCUUUUUGUUUGUUUGGAGUUUAAAGUUUGGUCAUAUUUAAGAAUAUGUUGUGUGCUGUAGCCUCCCUUUCCAGUGUAUUUUGACACACUUGUGAUUUUGUUGGGAUGGGCAUAUGCUAUGUUUGACAUAUA